UUUUGUUGCAGUGUGGGCAAAAUAUAGUCUGUAUGUGUGGGCGUACGAAAGUACCUAUCAGAAAAUAAUCAAUCAAUUUACAAAAGAAAAACCAAGAAAAUAAUUAUCGUCAUAAAUAGAUAUUUUUAGUUCACUCAUAUUAAGUUAUGUAUUCCAUAAACAUUUUAAAUGUCUAAUAACUGUGCAAAAUGGUGGUAUCAUUUCAUAUUAUUUAAAUGAAAAUCAAUGUUUAUUGUUAUUUUAUAAAAAUGUUUAUUUCUACAUAAAAUCCAAAAACAAAAAAAUGUGCGUCAUAGUGUAAACGUAACGAUUUGGAAAUCCAAAAAUGAAUCUAAUGCGCAAAUUGCGUGGGGCGACUACUUCGGCAUCUCCUGAGAGUGCCGAGGCUUCCAGCUCGUCGUCUCACGUCCAACUAGGCCUCAUGCAUCUGAAGAAGCUAUUUGCGGAGUAUACACAUCCACCGCAACCCCUUACAGAUGCCGAAAAGGAUGAUAAACUGUACAAUAUGCUACCUCUUUUUUGUAAGGUGUUUGGCACUAGUCCAUCAAGUGAGAUGAAUGAAAAGUUCUGGGAUAUCCUAUCGUUCUGUCAGCAAGUUUCCAAGCUCAUGGUGUCAGAGAUAAGAAAAAGGGCUAGUAACCAAAGUACAGAGGCAGCUAGCUGUGCUAUUGCUAAGUUCCUAGAAAUAGAAAAUUCUGAGGAAUCAAGUAAUGGCUGGAUGUUACUCUCAACGCUAAACCUCUUGGCUGCCGGUGAUCAGUCAUUAAUACAGGUCAUGACCACUGCAUCAAUACCGUCAACAUUAGUGAAAUGUUUGUACCUAUUCUUUGAUCUACCUGAAAUACCGGAGUCGGAAGCAGAUGUUCAAGAUGGGAAUAGUGAUUUUACACCUAGAGAAAGGCGAAUAUUACUGCAGAAAAUAUUUGUACAGGUUCUUGUGAGAUUAUGCAGUCAUCCCUUUCCAUGUGAGGAGCUAGCACGAAAAGAUGAUCUCAGUUUACUAUUCUCUGCUAUAACGUCGUGGUGUGCGCCGCACAACAUAAUGUGGAGGAAAUCUGCAGCUGAAGUGCUCAUGACCUUAUCUAGACAUGGUUUGACGCAAUCUGUUGUUCAGUACAUACAUAAUAAAGGAUGUGUGGCACUUUGCAUAGAAAACAUGCAAAGGAUACCAGAAUUGACACCUCUAGAGGUUGUCGAAAUGUUCGUAGCAGUAUUCUGUUUCCUAAAGGAUUCAAGUGAAGUUAGUCAAUUAUUACUGGAUGAUUUCCGUUCUUGCCAAGGCUACUUAUUUCUAUCUGAAUUUCUUCUAAAACAUGAGAGACAAGGUGUACCCGAUUAUUUGACAUCAGGGUUAGAAGAAGAACGUGUGAGUGGUACGGAAGCGCGGGCCGCUUUGCGUAACCUCGUACUGAUGAUAUCGUCGCUGUGUGCGUGCGGCUUCUCCGAGCUACGACCGACGCGAGCCAACACCGAACUGUUUCAACUGCAGGGCUUUGUCUUACCGCAGCCAACGACCCCGGGCCAGGCUGUGAGGAAUGUACAAGCUUUUCAGGUGUUACAAUCAGUAUUUAUGAAGUCAACUUCCCCCGCGUUAUGCUGCACGAUAUUAGACGCGAUAUCGAGCGUGUAUCACGCCGACAAUGCAAACUAUUUCAUACUGGAAAAUCAAAACACACUCAGUCAAUUCUCGGAAAGAAUUUACACUAAGAACGCUGAAAUACAAGAAAAAUUCUUCGAAUUGCUCGAGUUUAUUGUUUUCCAACUAAAUUUCGUGCCGUGCAAGGAAUUAAUAUCGCUGUCGCUUUUAUUGAAAGCGAAUAGAUCGAGAACGUGUAGUAUAUUGUGUAUGAAAACACUUUUGAAUAUUUUAAAACAUAACGCAAUUUUCAAAGACGUUUAUCGGGAGGUUGGUAUGCUAGAAGUUUUCGUGACGUGCCUAUCUCGCUACGCAGUAUUCCUUAAAGACAAACAAAUUCUUGAAGAGGAAAGGAGCAAAAGAGACCCAUCCGAUUCGCCUUCCCACGAACAGGCACCCAAUGAGUCCCCCAAAGCUCCCGAAAGAAAGAAAAGACAGUCUACUCGACAUGACUCUUUGAUCAGAGACCCCAAUUUGGACGAAGAAGAAGAGGAACUAGGAUCGUUAGUGAUGGAAGGCCUUACAGCGUUGUUGAACGCAAACUCUAACAAUUGUAAUGUGUUCCGAGAUUGUGGCGGGGCAAAAUGUGUACAUGGAAUGGUUGUGUAUGAAUCUUGUAGAAGUAAGGCUUUAGGUGUGGUAAGAGAACUAAUAGUGAGUGGGUCAGGUGAAGAAGACAUGUCGGCAUUACUUUGCGGAAUGCAUGCAGCACCUAACGAUGCGCUUCUACUGAAAUUGCAUAUAUUGAAAGCCUUGUUGGCUUGCUUACGGGACUCACAUCGGACCAGAACUAUUUUUAGAAAGGUCAGCGGUUUUGUGUACGUAACAAGUGUUCUAGUCUCUUUGGAAGGCAAACUGAAAGGCGAUGAGCCGAUGGACAAGGAUAUGCUACAGCUAAUACAUAUUGUGUUCUACACUAUUAGUACGGCUAUGAGAUUUGAGCCGGCUAAUGCGAAGUUUUUUCAUCACGAGAUAUGCAUGACAACCCUUUGUGAGACGAUACGUCUUUUAGGCUGUUUUAUAAACGAGACGGAACUCCAGAAUGAUACGGAACCCGGCGAUGCGGAACUCUACGAAGUUUUCCAUGAAAUAUUUACAAGCAAUAUAUUGGAAAUGACUUUUCCUGACAAAGUACCAGUAGUGUUUGUGCAUGCGUGCAUAAUUCUGCGACUUUUGUACGAUGUCGCAUUGGACUCUUUCGAUAAGCCUACUUUCUGCGGAUCGCUCAAUGUCAAAUCUCCAAGUUUGACUCGUCAGAGCUCUGCUAUCAAUGAGUCAAAACCAGCGGGUCGGACAGCACCCUUAAACUUGUCGACGGGCAGUAACAACGGCGAGGCGUGGGUGAUACACUCGGGAGUAGUUAUAGUUCUCGCUAAACUGUUACCAGCAUUGCCCCGACCUCCAGAACAUGAGGCACAUGCUAGAGCCAUACGGGAUUACUUGGCGCACGUGCUUAAAAGUCUCGUGAGGAGCGAACGCAACCAGCAAGUGAUGUGCGGUGCGGGGCUUGCGGGCGUAGUGCUCCGUGUGUGCGGGGCGGCGCUGCGGGCCGAACGACAUCCAUUACACGCGCCCGCCAUGUAUAUGUUGGAAAGACUCGCUGCCCACGCGCUUAGACCUUCCGAACUCAGGGAAUUCUUGCGAAUGGGUAACCCUUUGAAUUGCGUGGCCCCAGAACCCGGACAGGUUUGUAAACCUGGUGGGCCCGUGCCACUUACUAGGAUCAAAACUUUAGUAUCGAUGACGACGCCUAGAGAUUACAGAUCUCAAAAUUCUUGUACUCUCCCUCCAUUUGUCGAAUUCGACAUGUCAGCCGAAGGAUUUGGCUGCCUAUACUUGCCAAGUAUAGCGCCCCAAUCGGCCAAUCUAAACGCUCUCGGAACACAAGACACUGCCACUUUAGGUGGAAUUGGUUCAGGUAGUUGGCGGCCCAGUGACCGCGUGUUUCCGCCACAAACUGGCCUUACGUAUUCAACUUGGAUAUGUGUCGAGAAGUAUUCGGACCCUCGCUCGGACCCCCACUGUGUCCGCUUGUUGACUCUAGUACGGAAUAUAAACAAUAGCCGGGAUGAACAUCUCGUUUGUCUCACUAUGGUACUAUCGGCGAGAGACAAGGCUAUCAUUAUAUCUACGCAGGAAACUUUAGUGCCACACAAUGUCGGUGAAUGGGAGCCCGAAGGUUCAGGCGAAUGUGGAGCCCGAGUGUGGUGCCCAGAUCUACAACAUGAAGGACAAUGGCACCACCUGGUGCUCGUACUCAAUCGAGCUGUGCUCAAGAAUUCCUCCUUCUCAUUGUAUUUAGAUGGCCAGCACAUGCACUCGGGUAAGCUGCAUUACGUGAGCGCGAACCCGGGCGGCGGCGCGGCCACGCUGUCGGGCGCCUCCAGCGUGUACUGCGUGCUGGGCACCCCGCCGCACUGGAGACGGUACUCCAAGCUCGUGUGGCGACAGGGGCCUGCGCUGUUGCUUGAAGAUGUCCUUCCAGCGCAAACAGUAUCCAUAGUCUACCAAUUAGGCCCACACUACGUUGGCACGUUACAAGCACCCUUACCAUCUGGACAAUACCAGGAGCCAUUAGCCCCUCUAGUCGCCGAAGAAAAGGUCGUAUUCGGCAUCAACGCACGUGCAAUGUCGCAAUUGACAUUGGCUAAAAUACGUAAAGUUUACAGUAAGAAUGAUAAUAAAGCUAUAGCGAAAAUGUUGGGGAUGUCGUCCCAUGAGAAUGCGACCCCUAUCAGGAUAUUGCAUAACUCUGCGGGACAUCUUAUGGGCCCAGCGAGGUGUUUGGGAGGGACCGUCGUGGGAUAUUUGGGCGUCAGAGUAUUUUGUCCGAAACCUGCUGCCAUAAUGAUUGAUACAGUUGGUGGCUGUUCAGUAUUAUUAGGUUUAAUAGCGAUGGCUCAAGACGUGGAAUGUUUGUACGCAAGCGUGAAAGCUCUUGUAUGCGUAGUACGGUCGAAUAAGGCCGCUCAAGCAGAGAUGGACAGACGGAAAGGAUACCAAACUUUGGCCAUGUUGUUGAAGAGAAAGAAACAAUUGCUCAACUCACAUAUACUUCAUCUCAUUUUUGGUCUCGUCGGAACUGUUGAUAGUCAGAAAGAAACUUCUUCCAUUCCUAACUUAACUGCCUUUCAAGAUUUAAUAUGCGAGCUGGAAGUAUGGCUCGGCGCUCCAGGUGGUCUAAUCAAGUCUCUCUUGGAACAUCUGUUAGAACUGGCGACGGAAACAGCCCACAGAACGCACAAUCUUCGCACAAUGAGAGAGCUGCAACUCGUAUCUAAGCUCCUCUACAUUAUAAACGACGUCAAAGUCGUUAGCACAAGGAAUGUGCUCAUACAAUUAUUAGCUGCUUUACUAGGAGGGCAACCAAGACCCAGUGAUCUUUUAUGCUUGGGACAAUUCAUGGCGUUUACUCUUCCAUUACCAUCGCAGACAGAGAAAUGGAUAAAUCCUAAGGAAAGUGACUGUGAGAGUGAGGGAGAACAAAUUAUAUUAAGAAAUAAAUGCUUCAAUGUUAUACAUGGGCUUCUAUUUACGGCGAGGAAUCUUGUAAACACGAUAGUCUGUGAAGAGAUAUCGCGAGUGUUAGGCAUGGAUUGGCUGCUCAGUUUCAUGUUGGAGAAUGUACAUCCAACCUCUGUGCUGUGGGCGUUGAGGAUAAUGGUCGUUCUUUGUUCCGGACAAGGACAGCAAUCGGCUAUUAUGCAAAGGUUCAGAGAAGGUAUCGGUAACGGAGGUUGGUUGCGCCACACAGAGAUGAUAGCGCAACCACAACAAGCCGGCGUUGUCAUGACAACCACUGUGCACUCCAACUCGCAUCUACACACGUCAUUAUUGCAUACUCCCGGCUUCACACUACUGGCGUGGUUGGUACCAGCACACCUUCAAAUCCCAGAGCUAUACUACCUCCUUUUCGGACUUACUCUCGGUCAGCCAGUUCGCGCCAUGUGCUCAGAGCGCACGGUCUCCGUGGAACGCGUGUGGGGGGCAGCUUGGGGAGCCGCCGCCCCGGCCCGACAGUCCCCCGCCGCACUGUCUGCGAGAAUCACUCUAUGUUCCGACGCUGUUGUCGUACUACUGGCCGCUGUGAGGGCUUUGGUACACGCAGACAGGGCUAACUCCCCGGAAUGGCUCGCUGAUCAUCCUGUUGCCAUUGUUCAGGUCCUAUUCUCGCUAUACAACACGCUACCUGACUUCGUUCCCAUAAUGAUGAUGGCUGAAGUUUUGACAGCUCUUGCAGCUAUCCUCUUUCCGCCGAACUCUACGGAUGACAUUCACAUGCCAAUAUGCGAGAGUGGAGAAAGUUCAGGAGCAUCGACGCCAGGAUCUGAGAAGGAGGUCAUAGUGGGUGCCAGUCAAGCCGGGAUGUUAACGCAACACCCUGUGAGGCAAGGCGUUAUGGACUUCUUACGCGUGAUCGUUCUCGACUCGCUGCCGCUCAACGUGACUGGCAAGACCGCUCCGAACGCCGAAAAUGCGACUGACUCAGUGCCACCGUCAAUGUUUUGUACUCCAUGUAGCUCCGGUCCAGGGAGAUCCUACUUUUAUUGCGUAAUUGACUUGGUUUUGGAUGCUUCACCGCCAAAUUCAACCAGCCAGCAACAGAUAGAGUAUCAAACGGAGGUUUUGACCACACUCAUGGAGAAUUUAUUGAACACUGAGCUGUUUGGAUCAGAGUCGAACAUAUCCAACGUUUGUUAUUUAGCCGCUAGGCUGGUUGAUAAGCUAUGGCAGGGACAACUCUCACGAGAUCCUCACGAGGUGUUCGAUUUCAUAGUAAAACUAAUAACUCAAGCGAAAAAGAAGUCGUCAGUGAUAUCUCUGGAAGGAUUGCAUCAUUGUCUGAACCGAACUAUUCUAUUUCUCCUGUCUCGCUCCACUGAUUCCAUCGCGGAUCAAAUGUCUGUUUUGGAAGCGUUGCAUAAGCUGACGACUAACAGGUUGCUCAUAUUUGGCGCGGGUAACCACGAGCUGGAAUUCAUCGGCUGCCUCACGUACUGCCUGCUGCAGUUGAGCUCAAACAUGAAGAUUGCUCUGGACUCCCACAUGAGAACCACGUGGCACGUUAACCCUAGCGGUGAUCUAGAAUCGAGGGAUGACAAGCUUACUACACAUCAAGGACGUAACCUAAUGGCCGGUGCGGCUAGACGCGUCUGGGAAGAACUAUACGUUUGCAAGAAGCCUGCGAUAGAAGAGGUGUUCAAAAUAACACUACUGCUGCCCCUCGGGAACGCUCGCGCUCCCGACCUCACGGCCGUCAGGGAACAGCUCAAUGAGAGCGCGCAUAAACUGUGGAUAAAUUAUAUCGAUAUUGAGAGAAAGGCAACAUACCGUGUCCCAUGGGAGCUUCACAAUCAGAUUCAGUCGAAGAUACAGAAAGUGACAGGCGGUCUGACCCGACUCGCGUCCAGAACUAAAGUGAAGAAGGAAGAUUCUGCUAAACAACGGUCUAACCCGCCGCGAGACCAUGCGCUGGCUUAUAUGCAAGAUCAUGUACAGCUUGUCAGACAAGCGUGGUGCGGCGUAGUAAGCGGUGCUGGCAACACUCGGCUCCACACUCUGCGCUACGUGCAGGCGGAGUGGGCGGGCGCGUGGCGCGAGCUGACCCGCGAGCGGGCGCUGUGGGGCCCGCCGCGAGCCCCCGCGCUCGCCAAGUGGGCGCUGGACUGCACGGAGGGGCCCGCGCGCAUGCGCAAGAUGCUGCGCCGCAACCUCGCCUUCUACGCGCACUACCCAUACAGGCCCGAGCUGCACAACUCCGACAACAAACAACUGAAAUACAAAGUAGCUCAAAGUCUGGACAGCAAGGAGUACUACCGUAUUUACCAACAAUGGCGGGCCGCUGGAAAUCUGGGAGAAGUAGAAGGCGCCGAGCCCACGGACAUUCCUGAAACUACUGACGAACCUACCACGAGUGGCGAUACUUCUCUCGAUGUGGCUAACGGUGACGGGUCACCCUCAGACCUUGUUAGUAGCGGAGUCGUGAGCCGCGGCACCAAUCAAUCAUCUGGUGAAGCGAACGAAGACGGACCUGAUAAUGAGGAUGAAGACGAACAACCAACUCCUCCGCCUGAUAACCAAACGCUACUGCGACUUCUAGAACAUCAUGAAAAGAUCUCCCACAUGUUCCGCUGCGCAAGAAUACAAGGCUUAGACACUACAGAAGGUCUUCUACUAUUCGGUCGCGAACACUGCUACGUAAUAGACGGCUUUACUUUGCUCAAGAACAGAGAAAUACGGGAUUUGGACAGCUGUCCUGAUGACUAUGAACCUAUUUUACCAGCUCAAGGUAUACAGAGAAGCAAUCAGAGGCAGUGCUCCAAAUUCUUGUAUGAAGACAUUCGGGAGGUACAUAAAAGGAGGUAUCUAUUGCAGCCGAUAGCCUUGGAAGUGUUCUCAAGUGACGGCAGAAAUUACUUGCUCGCUUUUCCAAGAAAAGUGCGGAACAAGGUAUACAGCCGCUUCACAGCGCUGGCGACGGGCAUGGCGGACAGCGCGGCGGGCUCGGUGGCGGGACAGAAGCGCGGCGUGGCUGUCGAACAGCCGGCCGGCCUGCUCGCCACUCUUAUCGGCGAUACUUCUGUCACGCAGCGGUGGCUGCGAGGUGAAAUAUCCAACUUCCAAUACUUGAUGCACCUGAACACUCUGGCGGGUCGCUCGUACAAUGACCUUAUGCAGUACCCAGUGUUCCCUUGGAUCCUCGCAGACUAUGACUCGUUAGAACUGGACCUUAACGACCCGGCUACUUUCCGCGAUCUUACUAAACCAAUGGGAGCGCAGAGCCCUGAUAGGUUGGAGCAGUUUAGGAAACGAUAUAAGGAAUGGGACGACCCUCACGGAGAAACUCCUCCGUACCACUACGGCACUCACUACUCAUCCGCUAUGAUUGUGUGUUCCUAUCUAGUUAGGAUGGAACCGUUCACGCAACACUUUCUCAAACUACAAGGCGGACAUUUUGAUUUAGCUGACAGAAUGUUCCACUCGAUAAAGGAAGCUUGGAACUCGGCGUCGAGACAUAACAUGGCUGACGUAAAAGAACUGAUACCGGAAUUUUUCUACUUACCUGAGUUUUUAGUCAACUCGAACAAUUUCGAUUUAGGCUGCAAGCAGUCGGGCGUGGCGCUGGGCGACGUGGUGCUCCCUCCGUGGGCGCGCGGCGACCCGCGCGAGUUCAUCCGCGCGCACCGCGCCGCGCUGGAGUCGGACUACGUGUCGCACCGCCUGCACCACUGGAUCGACCUCGUGUUCGGCUACAAGCAGCAGGGCGGCCCCGCCGUCGACGCCUGCAACGUCUUCCAUCACCUCUUCUAUGAGGGCAACGUCGAUAUAUACAAUAUCGACGAUCCUCUAAAGAAAAACGCGACGAUCGGCUUCAUAAAUAACUUUGGUCAGAUACCAAAGCAACUGUUCAAGAAAGCCCAUCCUAGCAAAAAGAUGUCACAGCGAAGUUCCACUAUACUAGAUCCGAACAAUAUAAUCCCGUCUCAGGGUAUCACGCCGCCGGAGAAACUGUUCUUCCACAAUUUGGAAAACUUGAGGCCUUCCUUACAACCUGUUAAAGAAGUAAAAGGCCCAGUCGGCCAGAUCCUGUACACAGACAAAGCUAUCUUAGCAGUCGAACAAAACAAGGUUUUAAUGCCCCCUACCUACAACAAAUACGUGGCGUGGGGCUUCGCGGACCAUUCUCUGCGUAUCGGCAACUAUGACAAUGAUAAAGCAGUGUUUGUAUGCGAGACUGUGGCUCAGGCCUGUGGGGAGAUUGUGACCUGUGUCUGUCCGUCUGAUAAGACUAUUGUUACUGCUGGGACUAGCACGGUGGUAACAGUAUGGCAAUACUGGGCCCGUCGUCGCCGUUUAGCCGUCAAAGUCUGUCUGUACGGUCACGAGGAAGCAGUCACUUGCUUAGCAGCCAGUCCUGCCUACAACCUCGUGGUGAGCGGCAGUCGUGACGGUCAGGCCAUCGUGUGGGAUGUGGAGAGAGGGACGUUUAUAAGGCAGUUACUGCCGCCCCAGUCGUAUGGACCCCCGCCACCAGUGUCGGCGUUGGCUAUUGAUGAUCUAACUGGUGACAUAGCAACUUGCAGCGGCAGCUGGCUAUACGCGUGGUCGAUCAACGGCGAGCUGUUAGGCGCAGUGGACACCAUCGGCGGCCGCGAGCGCAGCCAGCAGGUGCUGUGCGUCGCCUUCAGCCAGACCAGGGAGUGGGACCCGCUCAACGUCAUCAUUACUGGCUCCACUGAUGGCGUUGUUAGGAUGUGGUCAAUAGACUACAUAGCGGAAACAGCGGACGAACAAACGGAGAGCUUAGAAGGUGGUAGCGUGGACCCCGUCAGUUCGGUAGAUAUUGACAAAGAUAAGGACGAACAGAAACUAUCUGUACAAGAGAGUGAAGAAGCUAAGUCUGAUAGUGAAGUGAAAGAUGCGGAGGUUAAGACUGAGGACGCAGAACCGGCUGGCGAGCAAGAGAGGGAAGCCGCCAUUAAAAGGGUCGAGGAGCUGGUCAAACAGAUGAGCUUGUCGCAGGAGAAAGAAGGAACUCUAACAAAAUCAGGCUCAGAAAGUUCGCUAUCGGACGCUUGCGAAACGACAAGCGCUAAGGAGUCCGCGCGAAGACACGACGAAAAGGACACAUGCAGUGACAAUGAAGAAACUCAAGAGUACGUGGAAAAUGUGGAAACUAAGGAGGAACCUAUCGACUCCUGUGAUGAAGCUAAACAGGAGUAUGACAAUGAUAAGGACUUGGACGCCGAAAAAGAUUCGCAUAGAAGCAAACUGCAGAAGCAAGGACAUGUCAUGCUUCGGAGAAAGUCGAAGGGGAAUCCACUGUAUCGUAAAAGCGGAGGCAGCAUAGGCGAGUCCAGUGAAUCCUGUUCGCUCGACACGACGGGUCCGUCUUGCGAGCCCAGCACGGAGAGCGGGCUGCGGGCCAGCAAGUCCGACACCAGCCUUACGGACUCGUUCGUGGUGGUGUCCGCGCCCGCCUCGCCCGCGCCUCGCGUGCCGGCUAAGAUACAACCCGCUACUGUUGAUAUAGAAUCAGGCAUAAAAUGGAUCCGUCGCCUAGUGCUACGCGGCAAGCUGACGAUGCACACGGCGUACGAGCGGCGCGACAACGCCUGCCCCGCCUCCGUCACCGCCGUCGCCGCCGCCAGGAGCGGCCGCGGCCUGGCUGUGGGAGACGCCAGGGGACGGAUUUUCCGCUGGUCGGCCCCCGAUAUGUCUAGCGCGUCUGGAGCAAAGGGCGGCCCGGCUGAUCAUUGGAUACGAGAUGACACAGCACCUUAUUGCACACAAUGCCAGGUUCGUUUCACGGCACUAGAGCGUCGCCACCACUGCCGCGAGUGCGGCGCGGUGUUCUGCGGGCGCUGCUCGCGGUACGAGGCGCCCGUGCGGCGGCUCCGCGCGCUGCGCCCCGUGCGCGUGUGCCAGCGCUGCCACGACAACAUCACGCAGCGGUAGACGACCUAACGUCACACAUCACUCCACUCACAACUACCGUCUUACCGUUCCUUGGUGCAGUUGACAGUUGAUGUCAGGGUGACAGCUGUCAACUGCACAAAACAUUCGGUAGGUACUAUGUUUUCUUAUCGUCUCAAUCCUAAAAAGUUUGACGAUUCAGGUGUGUCCUUACUAAAUUCAGUUACAGCUCACGUCUAAAAAUUGUAGCCUUCUCCGAAGCUGGCUGUUAAUUAUUAGCCGGUUAGUGAUCACAUUCUACGGGUGGUGGACCACAGGCUAUUCGUCGUGAGUUCCUGUGUAUUAUUGUAUAUUGUCCGAUUCUUAAAAACCAGGAGGUAUAAGGCUUAUUUUCACAAUUACACAAUUCAAUCUAGACAGAAUUAUGUAUUGUACAACACUGUUUAGGAUUUAGAUGCUAAGAAUAAUAACAUUUGUGAGUGUGGCCGUAGCCCAAGUAUUCGUAUCGUCCGGACUUGCCUAGACUAACCUAUGGACGUCAGGCCAGUCCUAAUGGUUUUAAGCAAAAGUAUUGAUGUCGAGGUGUGCCUAUUUGUAUUAUCAUGAGAAUAAGGUAUUAACAGAUGUCAUUAACCAAUCAAGUACUUUAUAAGAUUCUUCCCAACUUAUGAAAUAUGGUUAACAUCAUCACAAUAAUGGACUAGUGUGCUUUAAAAUUUUCGAACAGGCUAUUUAUAGGCCUGAAGUGCGAUAUUCCAAUUACAAUCAUUUCUGAAGCGCAAUCAGCUUCUUGGAUGUAGAUCCAAAAUUAUGUAUUCAGCUCAUAAAUUUAGAAUUUCCUUAUACCAAAAUAUUGCUUGAUUUGCGUUAAAUUUACCGCCAAAGUUAUUUUCUAUUUAAAAUUUAUAAACAUCUGUUCCUAGUUCCGUUUUUGAAUGUAUUUUAUUAUUAUAAUCAAUCAAUUUAUUUAUAAAUUAUAUUAUUUAUGGUGCUGCUUAUUUUUUUUAUUAAAACAGUAUUAAUACGAUUAGGUAAUUGUACAAUUAUUGUUUUUAAUAUUAUUUAAGAUAGAUCUCAGAAAUCUCGAUGUUUAUUAGUUUGUAUUUGCUAAAAUAUUUAAUGAAUUAUCAUAUAUUUACAAAAUUAAUCUAUAAUAGGGAAAUAGGAAAUUUAAAACUAGGUAUCAAAAUAUUCAUCCGCAUCGCUGUCAGCUGGGAUCGUGCCCAAAAGGCUGGCUGCAUUGCCACGCUGGAUGGCAAUGCAUAUCCUUUGACCGAAGUAUAGGCCAGCCCUUUGGUCACGAGUGGACUCCACUAAUCGCUUACUAAUUUCUCGAAAUAGUCUGUGGGCACUUGGGCCCCAUGGUCCCAGGGUUUCAACCCCAAACGGCUCAAAAAUGCAAUUGCCGGUGAGGUUUACAUAUUUGUGCCGCUUGAGGUUUUCCGCGGCCGCAGCAGCUGCACCGACACAGCUCGCCGUACUGGGAAGGUGGGAAGGUGCAAGGGUGUCGACGCAGGUUGCGUCCCACACCAAAGACCUACCCAUCUUCCAAGGCAUUAUAGACAUCCCGUCUGGUCUCUUGCCUGGUAAAUUAUCAUAUUGAGUUAAUAUAUUUGUUUAAAAUCGAAUUAAAUGUUGAAGUCAAAUUAGAAAGAUAUUACGUUAAAAUUGUGAUAUGAUAUUUAGUUUGAUAAAGAUUAGCUACAUCAUCAAUGUAUAAAAUUCAUUCCACUUUCCAGUGUUGCGAUGGAAUUUCAUGUGAAUAUAAAUUAGUGCUAGUCAUAUUUUUGUACCUAUAUUUUAUUUAUCUGUGGGUUAUUCUUCCUCGCAUUGAUAUGUAGUGGAACAAGAUAUAUUAUGUGUAUUGAUGUCAUUGAAUUUGAGUUAUGUUCAUGAAUGUUUUGUAUGUAGCUGUAGCUCCCGGCUUACGCAUUUAUAAGCUACAUUCCUAGUCGCGAACGUACAAGUCUGCGUUAAUUAUUUAGAGCAGAACUGCAACUGAGUGUAUUACAACAUAAUCAUAAUAAAUAUCUACUGUGCUGGAGCUAUGUUGAUGUAUUUUAAACUUAACAUACAGUUAUUAUUAUAAUUAACCAAUUACCAAUGUAUGCAAUUUAAUAUAAUGCUUUCAUAUUUCACUGUUUAUCUAUGACAGGGUACUUUUAAUGCGUUGUACUCACAAAAUUAUGUAUUCGUCACUAUGCGUAUGUGUUACUUGUACUGAAAUGUUUUAAAUGUUAUUCAAUAGACGAUGUAUUUUAAUUAACCGAAUAAUUAUUUGAUAUAAAACCUGAAACACUUCUUUUGAAGUUUGUUUCGACGUAUGAAUGUUACUAUUUCCGAGUCAAAUCGUAAAAUUUGCCGAUUUUUUUAUUAGCAGUUACAUGUAUGCAUAGUAAACAAUUAAAGUCGAUAUUAUACAAUAAAUGCCAAUAUUGUCCGCUUGGGGACUGGUAUUACAUAAAUGUAUGUCCAUAGAUAAAAUGUUUAAGAUUUAAAAGUGGUAUUUAUCGAAGAAAACACCUUCACAAAUCUUGCCCGAGUAAAUAAAAAUAUUGUAAAAAAUAUGCAUUCGCAAUUUUCUAUAUUUUAUAAACUCAAAAAAAAAGAAAUUAGCAAAGAUUAUCUUGAAUUAAUGAAAAAGAUUAUUAUGAAGUUUGAAAUACUAUAAUCUUGCUUUGAAUACUGUAAGUUACGUAAUUUAUUGGGUCGUUUAGUGUCUGUAGCAACGUUAAAUAUAACAAUUAGUAAUGUAAGUGGAUGUUUCUUAGUCACCUGACCUGUCAUGUAUAGAAAAAUAAUUUACAGACAAUAUAAUACGUUGUUUAGGUAGUACGUAGGCACUGAAGUUUAUGCCGUUGACUAAUGUAUUCAUGUACCCAUAAAUGAAUAAAGUGGUGCAGCAAACCAAC